CACCUUUUACCCCACCGCGGGGCAUCUCCCAAAAUUUCCCGUUCCCAAACUAUCCCACGCAAAUCCCCAAAACCUCACCCGUUUUGCGCACCAAACCCCACCAUGGCAGAAAAACUCCGCAUCCUGCUCGUCGGCAACGGCGGCCGUGAACACGCUCUGUCGUGGAAACUCCUCCAAUCCCCGCUCGUCGCGCACAUCUACGUCUGCCCGGGCAACGGCGGCACCGCGACGCUGAACCCCGAAAAAGUGACAAACAUCACGCACAUCCCGGACACGGAUUUCGCAGGUCUCGUCGCCUUCGCCAAGGAGAAGAAUGUCAAUCUGCUCGUGCCGGGGCCCGAAGCGCCGCUCGUCGCCGGCAUCGUGGACUACUUCCAUAAGCACGGCGGUUCGGGCAUCAAAGCAUUUGGGCCGAGCGAGAAAGCCGCAACUAUGGAAGGCAGCAAGACCUUCUCUAAGGACUUUAUGAAACGGCAUGAUAUCCCCACGGCGGCGUAUGAGAACUUCAGCGACUACGCCGCCGCGAAGAAAUACCUGGACACCGUGUCGCACAACGUGGUGAUCAAGGCGUCGGGCCUCGCGGCAGGGAAGGGCGUCAUCAUCCCCCAGACGAAAGAGGAGGCACAUACUGCACUUAGGGAAAUCAUGCUCGAUCGUGAAUUCGGCACAGCAGGCGACGAGGUCGUGAUUGAGGAAUUCCUCACCGGCGAUGAGUUGUCCAUACUUUCUUUCUCAGACGGAAACACGAUUAAAAGCCUCCCGCCAGCGCAGGACCAUAAACGUAUCUUCGACGGCGACCAGGGGCCUAAUACGGGCGGUAUGGGCACCUACGCGCCGACGCGCAUCGCGCCCGCUGCGCUACUCGCCGAGGUGGACAGAGAUAUCCUGCAGCCGACCAUCGACGGCAUGAGGGCGGAGGGCUACCCGUUCGUGGGCGUGCUGUUCACGGGGCUGAUGAUGACGGAUAAGGGCGCCAAAGUCCUGGAAUAUAAUGUGCGCUUCGGCGACCCGGAGACGCAGUCCCUCCUCGCGCUCAUGUCCAGCGACCUCGCUGAGGUUAUGCUCGCGUGUGCGGAGGAGAAUCUCGCGUCUGUGGAUGUUGGUGUGUCGGGGGGGUCGGCGGCGACGGUUGUUGUGGCUGCGGGGGGGUAUCCGGGGAGUUAUGCUAAGGGCACAAUGAUGAGACUUGAUGCUGUGCCGGAGGAUGUCGUGCUCUUCCACGCCGGAACAAGUAUAAGCGACGGCACGCUUCGAACGGCGGGCGGUCGCGUCAUCGCGUCCACAGCUAUGGCGCCCACGCUCGAAGAAGCUGUUGCCAAGGCGUAUAAGGGCGUCGAGUGUAUUCACUUCGAGGGCAUGCAGUUCCGGAAGGAUAUUGCGGGGCGGGCGCUGAAGAAGUAGACGGUUUGGUAUGGGAGGGAUGAGGGCGUACGGGCGUUUAAGGUAGAUAAAAGGAUAUUAUUGGUAUUGUUUAGGUUGGGUUAGGGAGAUGGUAGGGUGUAGGUGGAUAUAUAUGCCUCGCAUCGUUUCGCCUCGUUUAGAUCUGUCUCGUUUCGUCUCGUCUCGUCUCUUCGAACCGGUAGAUGUGGAGAUAGUAAGUAUCCGCCGAUGAAGUGCGAUGAUAUAUGCCUUCGAGAUAUCGGCAUGACUCCCAUCUACA